AUGGUGCCAAAGCUAUCGGUGCAAUCGCUGUCGCUACUCUUGUUCUCGGUCGGCAUGGCUCUAAACAUGACAGCAAAGCAAGACUUGCGUUGUAUCAUGUACUUCACGGGCCAGCACCCAGUGGCCCCAUCUAUAGACCAGCUUCAACACGUCACUCAUGUCGCCAUAGCCUUCAUGAGCCCAGGCUUCUUCAAUGAGCCUGGGAGGACAGAUUGGCCUCUGUUCACUACCGUCACAGAUGUCCGAUCCAAGUUUCCAAAAGGAACCAAGGUCCAGGUGGCCAUUGGCGGUUGGGGGGACACAGCUGGCUUCUCUGCCGCCGCACUGAACGACACAACGCGCCGGACGUUCGCCGAGAACGUGGCCAGCAUGGUUGCGGCGACAGGCGCGGAUGGAAUUGAUGUUGACUGGGAGUAUCCCGGUGGUAACGGCGAAGACUACAAGCAGGUCCCCAACUCGGCCAAGGCCUGGGAAAUCGACGCUUAUCCCCUGCUCCUCGGAGAGCUGCGUGGAGCUCUCGGGCCAAACAAGAUUAUUUCGGCCGCCGUCCCAGGGCUUCAACGAGACAUGCUUGCGUUCACUCGUCUGACCGUUCCCCGGAUUAUGCGUCAUGUGGACUAUUUGAAUGUGAUGACAUACGAUCUCAUGAACCGCCGCGACACCGUCACCAAGCAUCAUACCGGCGUUGCGUUGAGCCUCGAAGCCGUUGAUGCCUACAUCUCAGCCGGUGCGGCUCCGCAGAAGCUGAAUCUGGGGUUUGCCUUUUACAUCAAGUACUUCAAAACGGUCCAUGAUGAGUGUGCGCUCGCGUCCCCCAUCGGAUGCCCUACACUGCAGCUCGAGGACCCGGCCACGGGCAAGGAUCUUGGCCGCAGUGGCGGGUUUUCAUGGCAUGAUCCCAUCCCGGACGAGGUCGCCGAGUCGUUCACCAAAGCAGUCAAUUUCGGGGUCUACGACGAGGACCAAGGAGGUUACUAUUACUGGGAUGCCGCAGAAGAUCUCUGGUGGACAUUUGAUACGCCAGACGCCAUCAAGCGCAAAUUCCCUGCGAUCUUAGGCCAAAGACGUCUGGGUGGGGUGUUUGCCUGGGGUCUGGGCGAGGAUGCGCCCCUAUUCAAGCACUUUAUAACCCUCAGUAAUGAAUUCGAAGGUCGGCUCCACGAAAGGAAAGAUGAAUUGUGA